UGCAGACUUGACAGUAGCGAGAAGUGACCAGAAGGUGAUCGAAAGAAAGGCAAGACAUUGUGAGGAGGAAGAAAUUCGAGCAGGAGUGAGACAGGGAGGGCUGGAGGCUGGCCCAUCAUUGCAGUACUAACGUUUGAUAAGAAGAGGAGAGCAGACGGAGCAGGGAGGACUGAGGACGCAGAGCAGCAUCACGAUCCGCGGCUGCGUCUCAGUGCCGGAGAGAAAGUGUCCGCAUCUCGGCGAGAUCUGUUUAUGGUCCAAAUGUGGCUCUUGGUCUGUCUCCUGACCCUCAGCUCAGUGGCCCUGAUGACUGCUGUUGGUGGAGAUGUGUGUGUGGCAGGUCAUGACAGCGGGCCAGUGUUUGAAGAACAGCCGAGCAGUUUAAUUUACCCUGAAGGCCUGACUGAAGGCAAAGUGACCCUGAGCUGUCAGGCCAGAGCAAAUCCAGCUGCUGCUUAUAGGUGGCUUGUGAAUGGGACUGCGGUUCCUCUGAAUUUGGACCGAUACUCCCUGGUGGCUGGUACCCUGGUGAUAAGCAGCCCCGACCCCAUCCGGGAUACAGGCUCUUACCAGUGUCUAGCUAUCAACCGCUGUGGCACCAUCAUUAGCAGAGCAGCCAACCUCAAGUUUGGUUACCUCCAUGACUUCCCUCCAGAUGGCAGAAGUCCUCAAACAAUAAAUGAAGGUCAAGGAACGUUCUUGGCCUGCCAACCUCCUCCACAUUACCCAGCGCUGUCUUACCGCUGGUUUCUCAACGAGUUUCCCAACUUCAUCAGGAAGGAUGAUGGGCGCUGGUUUGUGUCACAGGUCACUGGGAAUCUGUACCUGGCCAAAGCUGACCCUAAUGACACAGCAAACUACUUCUGCUUCACAACGAUCAACAUGGAAGUUAGCACAAAGAGCACAUUCAGCAAGGCCAACCAGCUCACGGUAGUCCCUGAUGCCAAUCCCAGGAAGUCAGCUCCAACCAUCAAAGUGCGCUUCCUAGCAGAUACCUAUGCCCUGGCUGGACACACCACCCAGUUAGAGUGCUUUGCUUAUGGAAAUCCGGUUCCAAAGGUGCGGUGGAGGAAGGUGGAUGGUCUAAUGCCAUCCAAGGCAGGCCCCACUGUGGAGGGUCCCACCCUGACCCUUCCUGAACUCUCCUUUGACGAUGAGGGCAUUUACGAGUGUGAAGCCUACAACUCAGAAGGAAGGGACACGUACCAGGGACGCAUUAAUGUCCAAGCUCAACCAGAGUGGUUGCAGGUGAUGACCGACUCAGAGGUGGAGAUUAGCUCAGAUCUUCAGUGGAGUUGUGUGGCUGCUGGAAAACCUCGACCCUCUGUACGCUGGCUACGCAAUGGACAGCCACUUAGUACACAGGAUCGUGUGGAGGUGAAUGGAGUUCAUCUCAGAAUCAUCAACCUCGCUCUGGAGGAUUCUGGCAUGUACCAAUGUGUGGCUGAAAACAAGCACGGCACCAUCUACUCGACUGCUGAGCUCAGGGUCCAAGUUCAGGCUCCAGAUUUCCGGUUGAAUCCAGUAAGGAAGCUUAUCCCAGCAGCUAGAGGGGGACAGGUGAUGAUUGACUGUCGCCCUCGAGCUGCCCCGAAGCCCAGUCUGUUCUGGAGUCGUGGAACAGAGUUGCUCACCAACAGCAGCAGAAUCACAGUAACUCCAGAUGGCAUCUUGUGGAUUUAUAACAUCAGCAGAGCAGAUGAAGGAAAGUACACCUGCUUUGCUGAAAACUACCUGGGCAAAGCCAACAGCACUGGACACCUGUCUAAGGAAAACACUGGUGACCUGUUGAUUGUGAGGGCUCAGCUGAGCCAGGCGGGCUCGUACGUGUGCACAGCUCAGACUGUGGUGGACAGCGCCGCAGCCUCAGCCAAGCUGGUGGUUCGAGGACCUCCGGGACCUCCUGGAGGUUUGUUGGUGAAGAACGUGGCUGAGACAUCAGUGGAGCUCCGGUGGAGCCGUGGUUACGAUAACCACAGUCCGAUCGGCAAAUACGUCAUCAUGGGCCGCUCUCCUCUGUCGUCUGAGUGGAGGAAGAUGAGGACAGGUGUGUCUUUAACACCUGAACGAAAGUAUUCUUGUUGUGCUUCUAGUAAUAACAAAAAGCACAGUAACAACACAAUGAUAACACAAAUGCAGCAAAAUGAUUUCAUGCUCACGGAGUUUUUAUCGACUGUUCUGAGAUGUCAGACUGAUGUUGGUGUUUCAGCUUUGUCAUCACAUUCCUGCUCAGAGACUCGGUCAGUAGCACACACUCCAGCCUCUCCAACAUCAUUAUACAUAACUCGGUUUUCUGUAUUAUCAUUUAUCAGAUCUUGGAAUGAUGCUGAAGAUGAAACUCUGAUGUGUAAACGUCCAGGAGUGAAGAACGUGCUGCUGUCCGUCUGCAUAAAGAAGGACGCAUCGUCAUGGACAGAGGUGCGAGUUCCACGUGUAGAGUCCUCCCGAUAUGUUCACUACAACAGCAGUCUGGCAGCGUACACACCUUUUGAAGUGAAGAUCAAAGCUUACAACCGCAAAGGAGAAGGCCCGUUUAGCCAGGUCGCUGUGGUGCACUCUGCAGAGGAAGAGCCAACCGUGGGGCCCUCGAGCAUCAACGCCACGGCGCUGUCCGCCUUUGAGAUCCAGGUGUCCUGGGAGCCUGUGCAGCAGCUCAGCGCCAAUGGCAUCCUGAGAGGAUACGAGAUCCGGUACUGGCGGCAGCAUGAAAGAGAAGCAGCAGCGGACCGAGUGAGGACGGCGGGCCUGGAGCCGACAGCCAGGGUGUCCGGACUUCGACCCAGCACUCGAUACCACGUCGCUGUUCUGGCAUACAACAGUGCCGGCACAGGACCGCCCUCGCCACGCACCGCCGUCACCACCAGGAAACCACCUCCCAAUCGUCCUCCGGGCAGUGUGUCGUGGAAGGCUCACGGCUCGCGCGUCACCGUGAGAUGGGACCAAGUGACAGCCAUGCACAACGAGUCAGCCAUAUUGGGCUACAAAGUGAGUCAUGGGACUGGUAUGAUGGUGCAGAAGGAUGCCUCCUCCACACUGUCCUGUCCCCACGCCCACCUCCUCUCAGGCCUGGCUCUGCUCAUUUUCGCGGUGGUGUCGGGCCUGUGAUCUCGGCCAGUCUGAACUUUUUCUUAUGGGUGGCUUGAAACUAAUGCUCUCCUGUAUGGAUAGGUGGGUGUGGGUCCAGGGAUGGGAAACACGGGGAGUCGCUUUUAAUAAUGACGAGGAUCUUUUUAAAAUGUCUGCAGGAGGUAUCAUGUUUGUGCACUGCUCUCAGUAUAAACCAUGCCUUAUUGGGACAUCUGUGGCUGACGCGCCACAUUCAUGUGUCCCUGAAACUGUAGUUGGCAGGACUUCAGCUGUAAAUGUAAUAAUAGAGUGGUGGAGGUCUGCGUGUUCACACUGAGGGCUGCUCACUGAGUCUUUUGGGUUCCCGGUGAUGUUAGAGCAUUUUUCACUUUACAAACUGAAUGUGAUGAAAAACCAGAGAGGCUAAAACUGGCAGGUGGCUAAUUAGAGACAGAACAACUCUUUCGUCUCAUGUGUGAAUCACAAAGUGCUUCUCUUGUUGCUCACAGUGUGAACGCAGAAUAAACCGAGGCUCUAAAGAACUGCUAACUGUUGUUUCCAGCUACUGUCUCUGCUUGUUUCACGUCUACGUGAUUAUUAUACUGUUUGAUGUUUGUUUCAUUUCAGGGAAUUGAAAUUUGAUUGUAUUUAAUUCGUUUAAUUCGUUUAAUUUGUUGAUGUUUUUUUGUUUUUUCUGCUUCUUUGAAUCAUUUUGACAGGAAUGUAAAGAUACUUGUUUGUUGUUUCUUGGGUUCACUGUCAGUGUCUCUUGUGCUGAUAGAGAUGAAAAGGCCCGAGCAGCAGAUGAAGUCCGAUCACCAACGUUAUCAGCAGUUAACUGUCCUCAUUGUAACCCCGUUAUCAGCUCUUAUGUAACACUUCACAUUUUACAGGAAACAUGUGUCAUUUUUAUCUACAGCUUGAGAGUUAAGAUCAGACAUCACGUGUUAAAAACUGCUGUUUUAUUAUUUUGUUGUUGAUGUACUCAGAACUUGAUUUGGUUUGAAUGGUAGCUGCUGCUUUGGUCUUUGGAACGACAGCAAUGCAUUGUUUUGGUUUUCAAUGCUUCAAACUGAGUUUUUACUGGACUCUGUUGUUGUUUUACAUCUGUACCAAAUGUCAUUGCUAAUGCAUGCAGCGCUUAAUAUGCUGUUCAUUGUUAAUACAGUUUGUUCCUAAGUCAGUAA